AUGAGCGGCCGCGGAUCCAUUGGGACAAUCGCCGCCAUGGCCAUCGCCGAGCGCAUGGCUGUCGUGGCGCUCGUGCUGGGCGUGGCGUCCGGCGCCCUGGCGGCCAACCAGCCCCUCACUGAGUGGGUCGGGGGCAGUGCAAACCAUUUCGGAGGGCCUGCGGAGGGCGACCCCUUCAACCCCCUGGUGCCCAUCGGGGGAUGCAGCUACGGCGAGCUGAACCCCAUGGAGUUCCCGCACUACAACAUCCUCAGCGUGGCGCCCGACAGUGAGCUGGUGUCGGGCAAGAGCAUGGGUGGCUGCGGCUCGUGCUUCGAGCUGCAGUGCGCGGACUCCGUGGAAAAAUGCAACAACGGACCGUUCUCAAACAGCGUGGUUGCUAUGGUUGGCGGCACCUGCCUGGCUGGAUGUGGCGGUACGCAUGUGAAUCUUCACGUCUUCGCGUUUGACCAGCUGGCCCCCAUUCGGCUGGGAAACAUACAGAUACGCAUGAGGCAGGUGACGUGCACCCCAAAGGCGAAGAUCAGCGUGAAAGUGAAGACAUAUCGGGUGGGAGAAGGAGGGUACAUAAAGUUCGUCAUUCGAAAUGUUCCUGGGGACGGAGGGCUGACGGCAGUGGAGCUGAAGGGAACGCAGGAGACGGGAAGCUGGCGGCCUGCUGAAAACCAUUUCGGAGCUGCUUGGGAGGCAAGCUUGCUGCCCGACGCGCCUUUGGACAUGCGCCUUACGAACACUCUCGGGGAGCAGCUGGUUCUGAAGGGCGUGGUCCCAUCAGCGGGCUUCAUCGGCGACAUUGAAACCGGGCAGCAAUUCCGCAAGGCGGGCCGCUGGGCCCAGGCCGCCCAAGCGGAGCCGCCGCCCUCCUCCGCCGCUUCCUCCCCAUGGACCAACGAAUCCUCCAUCUACGUGGGCCCCUCUCCGGCGCCCACCUCCUAUCCGCCUGACGACUUUGCCCCCCAGCCUGCCCCUCCACCUUACAACGGCGUCACAGCUUCCUUACUGGACAAGCUCCGGGGACUUUUUCUGGGUACGCCAGCACCGCCGGGACAAGAUGACGGCAGCACUACGAGCACAACCACGGUCCUCACAUUUCCGAUCUUGAGCGGUCGCUAG